AUGGGAUUUAAAAAAUAUUCUGAAUUGAUUUCUCAUCUUCUUGUUGCUGAGCAACACAAUAAUCUUUUAAUGAGAAAUCAUGAAAGUCGACCUGCUGGCACUUUUCCAUUUCCAGAAGUGAAUGCUGUAAAUUUUUAUCCAACUAGGUGUGAAAGAAGUCCUGACCCCAGUUGUGGUCGUGGUCGAGGUCGAGGUCGUGAUCGUGGUCGUGGAAGGUAUUUUAAUCAGGGUGAUCGUCUUGCUAUAAACAAUAACCCUCAGCACCAGCAGUGCGAAAAUAAGGGGGAAGCUCAGCACCAACAGUGCAAAAAGAAAGGGGAAGCUCCUAAAGUAGCAUCAAAGACGAACUCUGAAAGUAAAUGCUAUCGAUGUGGAGGAAAGGGGCAAUGGUCGCAUACCUGUCGUACGCCAAAGUAUCUAGUAAAACUCUAUCAGGCGUCCCUUAAGAAAGCAGAAAAUGAUGAUUAG